AUUGGAAGACAAUGAGAUGGGCAGGUGAAGGACUCUCUCACUGACACACAUCAGAGAGGAAAAAAAAAAUAAUAGUAAUAACAAUAAUAAAUUUCACUCUCACAAUAUAAAAAUUGAUUGAUUUGAUUUGGGGAGAUUGAUAUAAUCAUAUAAUCAGAAAUUGAUAAAAUCAUCAUCAUAAAGAGAGAGAAGAAGAGAUUUGGAAAUGAUUGAUUGGAUUUGCAGAAAUUGAUCUUCAUAAGAACAGGCAGCAGCAGUGCCAAUGGGAGGAGAAGGGAAUGGCAUUUGGAGGAAAGCGUACCAGGAGGUCUCCAAUACCAAGCCUUUGUUCCUUACGAUUUAUGCCACCGUCCUCGUUGGAAUCCUCUUCUCUUCCUUCUACGUUUUCUCCGCUGUCUACUCCGCCUCCGAGUCCUCCUCUCUCUCCUCCACUGCCUGGCUUUCCUCUCCUCCCUCUUCUCUUUCUCAUGUCGAUCAAUCCCUCAACUUUUCUCAUCAAGCAACACCAGCUGUAGGUUCGAUUACAUCAACGCCACGGCCUCCCAACAGCUUACAGGUUAAAUCCAUUUGGGAAGUUCCUCCACACAAUUCGAAAAUGCCUCCUAUCAAGAAAUUUAGACUCACAAAACAACUGGUUGAGCAAAGGGUCAAGGACAAUGUCAUUAUAGUUACCUUUGGUAAUUAUGCGUUUAUGGAUUUUAUCCUUACUUGGGUUAAGCACUUGACGGACUUGGGGCUUUCUAAUCUUCUUGUUGGUGCUAUGGAUACCAAGCUAUUAGAGGCUUUGUACUGGAAAGGUGUUCCAGUUUUUGACAUGGGAAGUCGCAUGAGUACAGCAGAUGUUGGCUGGGGCUCACCUACCUUUCACAAAAUGGGGAGAGAAAAAGUUAUUCUGAUAGAUGCUAUCCUCCCUUUUGGCUAUGAGCUACUCAUGUGUGACACGGACAUGGUUUGGUUGAAGAACCCUCUGCCAUAUCUUGCUCGCUAUCCUGAUGCAGAUGUUUUAACUUCAAGCGAUCAAGUUGUACCGACUGUUGUUGAUGACAGGUUGGACAUCUGGCAAGAAGUUGGUGCAGCCUACAAUAUUGGAAUUUUCCACUGGCGGCCAACAGAGUCUUCAAUUAAGUUGGCGAAAGAAUGGAAAGAUAUCCUUCUUGCCGAUGACAAGAUUUGGGAUCAGAAUGGGUUCAAUGAUAUUGUGCGCAGGCAGUUAGGACCAGCUGUUGAAGGUGACAAUGGACUUGUAUAUGCUUUUGAUGGAAAUCUCAAGCUGGGAAUUUUACCAGCAAGUAUAUUUUGUAGCGGACAUACCUACUUUGUCCAGGCCAUGUAUCAACAACUCAGAUUGGAGCCGUAUGCUGUGCAUACCACAUUCCAGUAUGCAGGUACUGAAGGAAAGCGCCACCGGUUGCGGGAAGCCAUGGUUUUUUAUGAUCCACCAGAUUACUAUGAUGCGCCAGGGGGUUUUUUGUCAUUUAAGCCAUCUAUUCCAAAGAGUCUGUUACUAGAUGGGGAACACAAUCUUGAAUCCCACUUUUCCCUGGUUAAUUACCAGAUUAAACAAAUAAGGUCAGCGCUUGCAAUUGCUUCCUUGUUAAAUCGUGUACUGGUCAUGCCUCCAUUAUGGUGCAGAUUGGAUAGGCUAUGGUUUCCCCAUCCCGGAGUUCUAAAAGGAACUAUGACUAGGCAACCUUUUAUCUGCCCUUUGGACCAUGUUUUUGAGGUCAAUGUGAUGUUAAAACAGCUGCCAGAGGAGGAGUUUGGCCCUGGUAUCGGUAUCAGAGAGUACUCUUUUCUGGACAAUCCUUCAUUGCCCAAACAGGUGAAAGAUUCAUGGCUUGAUGUCGAGCUUUGUCAAGAAGGAACCCAAGAUUGUUCUUCAUCAAACAAUACAAGUCCAUCAGGGGUGCUCAGAUUUCCAAAUCACAGCAAUGAAUAUAUGUUCAAGACCAUAUUCUCAUCCUUCAAAGAUAUUAAAGUCAUUCAGUUCUCUUCAAUGCAAGACGCAUUUCUAGGUUUCACUGACAAGAAAAGAGAAGAAAAAUUUAGGAACCGUGUGAAAAGGUAUGUUGGUAUAUGGUGUUGCGUGGAGAAUCACACGCCUGGACACAUAUAUUAUGACCUGUACUGGGAUGAGAAACCUGAUUGGAAAGCAAUGCCACCUGAGACUCCAGAGCAGGACCACCCACCUUGGUAAGGACUAACCUCGAGCAUAUAUUUAUUGAAAUAGAAGAGGUGCAUAAAGGUUAAAGAAGAAUGCAUGAAGCUAGUUUAGAAAGAAGAGGUAGAUGGAAGUUGAAAGAGAAUCUGCGAAGGUGAUGAUUUAGUUCCUAACAUAGAUUAAACCAAGAUCUGUUUUCAUAAUUUCAGACAGGGGGAAGACUGUACCCCAUAUAGUCAGACAUUGAGGAUGGGAGGCUGAUGUAUUUCCUGUAAUCACUGUAAUAUUAGAAGAAAUUUGGUUUUUAUUUAUUGUCAUCUUUUUAUUUUGUAGAUUUUUUUUUUUAUUUUGUAAUCUUAUUCAUAAUACGAAUAAAGAAAUGAAAUUCAUCGUUGCAAGGAAAGAGAAUACCUUCUUUAA